AUGUCAUCACACCGCCCUGAAAAUAAAAAUCCACAAGCAUGGCGUCAAUCCGCAACAUUGUUCAUAGAAAGCGCGAGGCAAUUUCUGAUGACAGUCGUAAUCCCUCACCCGUGGUUCAGGGCCAUCUCCAUUAAUGACAAGGCCGUGGGUCACGUUCUGCUCAGACAGGGCACUGGAAUUCAUAGCUGUCGUGCCGAGCUGGGCUACGCUGUUAGUAGAAACUACUGGGGCAUAGGCAUUGCUACUGAAGCUGUCAUGCGUGCUAUACAGGCCGGGUAUUCUGAUCUUCCUGGACUGAGACGCAUAGAAGCCAUGGUGCUGCCUGAGAAUCUGCCUUCGCAGAAGGUGCUCGAAAAGGCUGGGUUUACUAGAGAGUGCCUGCUUCGACGUUAUAUCAAGGUUCGUGAGAACGUCCGAGACUGUAUUCUUUACAGUUAUCUUUUACCUUUGGAUUCCUCUUCUUAA